AUGGAAAUAGACAGUGAUAAUGGUGCCGCCAUCACCAUCAGAGAUGCCGACAAGGAUCAUGUCGAUUUGGUGUUGAAGAAUGUCGAUUUAUCAGUAGCUAAUUCUAUAAGGAGAACCAUGUUAGCUGAGGUACCAACUUUAGCUAUAGAUUUAGUGGAAAUCGAUGUCAACACCUCAGUAUUGGCCGACGAGUUCAUUUCUCAUAGAUUAGGUCUUAUUCCUUUGGAUAGUACCGAUAUUGACGAGUUAUCGUACAGUAGGGAUUGUACUUGUGACCAGUACUGUGACAAAUGUUCGGUUAAGUAUGAAUUAAUGGUCAAAUGUAAUAGUGACUCCACGUCCAAUGUUUACGCCCGAGACUUAUCGAAAUUUAACAACAAUAAGAUCUUAGGAGAUCCUAUAAUCAAGGACAAGGAUGGCCAUGGACCUUUAAUUUGUAAGUUGAGAAAACAUCAAGAAUUAAGAAUCACUUGUAUUGCCAAAAAGGGUAUUGCCAAAGAACAUGCUAAAUGGUCCCCAUGUGCAGCUAUUGGCUUUGAAUAUGAUCCAUGGAAUAAGUUGAAACAUACUGAUUACUGGUACGAAGUAGAUGCCGACAAAGAAUGGCCAAAAUCGGCCAAUUGUGACUGGGAAGAACCUCCUGAUCCAGAAUUACCCUUUGAUUAUGAACUGAAACCAAAUAAUUUCUACUUUGACAUUGAAACUUCAGGUUCUUUGACUCCUGACAAUGUGUUCAUGAAAGCUAUUGAGGCAUUACAGUUGAAGGUGGCAGGAAUUGCCGUAGAAUUGAAUAAAGAGGGUGUUGAAGGUAAUGAUGCGUCUAAUGGAGGAUUUACUACAUAUGGGAAGACCCCUGGGAACCAAAGUCCUGUGGGCGAUAGUUAUGGUUCUGGAUCCUUUGGUGCCUCUAGUUGGUCUUAA